UCGACAACUACGGUAAAUCUCAGGCAUUCCCGUACGUGACCUGACCUUGGGACUGUGAAUAAGCAGCGGCCAUUAACACGAUCCACUUUGAUUGAUUAACUUGCAGCAGUGCCAGUCUCGAAACAUGGAUAUUGCCGUGCUGUGGAGUCAUGUCAACAUUCGUACGGUUCUCCUCGGACUUGUCAUCUUCACCGUGCUCUCCUGGUUCUUCCGCCGGCCAAAGAAGCUUCCACCCGGCCCGUGGGGUUGGCCGCUGCUCGGUAAUAUUCCUCAGCUGGCGAGGAUUAGCGAGCCCGUACACGAAGCCCUAUCCAAGAUGGGUGACAGGUACGGGCCUGUAUUCAGCUUCAAAGUGGUCAACCAGCUGGUGGUUGUAUUGCAAGACUAUGACGUCAUCAAACAGGCUAUGGAUCAAUACCAACUGAACGGGCGCCCUUCCUUUGAAAUCAGUCAAAUAACAUUGCCUGGUCACGGCAUUCUAACUGCCUCCGGAGCACCAUGGGUGGAAUUAAGACGUUUCUCCUCAUCUGCUCUGCGAAAACUGGGGAUGGGGAAGUCAUCUUUGGGAAAGCAAAUUUCCACUGAAGCGCAGUUUCUUGUCGAAGAAAUACGAAAACAGGGAGGUAAAAGUUUCAAUCCAAAGGAUAUGCUACAAAACGCCGUAGCUAACGUCAUCUGCUAUUUGGUGUUUGGUAGCAGGUUUGAGUAUACUGACGUCAGAUUCAAAGAGCUCCUCGUGGCGUUGAACUAUUCGCAUGAACUAGGCGGGGCAGGUGGGGUGGUCGAGUUCGUGCCAAUCUUCGCUAAGUUAACUUUCUUACCCAUUGUCAAGAAGCACAUAGCCUCCAACAGGGCCUUUGAGAAGAUAAUGGGCAAUCUCCUCAAGGAACACGAGAAGGGGUAUCAGCCCGAGAUCUCGCGAGACUACACAGACGCGUUCUACAGCGAGAUGAAAGCGAAAGAGAGCAAUGGUCAACCAACCUUCAUGAACCCUGUCAGUCUAUACUAUUCCGUGUCGGGCCUGUUUGGAGCUGGAACGGAGACUACGACCAGUACCCUCGGCUGGAUAUUGCUGUACAUGAUUGGCUACCCUGAAAUCCAGACCAAGGUUCAGCGUGAGAUUGACAGUGUGGUGGGACGGGACAGGCUACCACAGCUCUCAGAUAAGCCGAAGCUAGUCUUCACGCAGGCGGUACUGAGUGAGAUUCAUCGUGUCAGCAUAGUCCCUCUUGGAGUGCCGCAUAAAUGCACAGAAGACACCACCGUUUCAGGGUUCCAUAUUCCAGAAGGAACCAUUGUGAUAACAAACCUCUGGCAUAUCUUGAACGACCCGCGUGAAUGGACCAAUCCCAAAGAGUUUCGUCCGGAGCGAUUCCUGGACAGCGAUGGCAACUUUGUGCGGCGGGAAAAGCUCAUACCUUUUGGCAUAGGGCGUCGUUUCUGCCUCGGUGAAAACCUAGCUAAGAUGGAGUUGUUUAUCGUCUUCACUGUCCUCAUGCAUCAGUUCACCUUCAAGGCUCCAGAGGGCGCUAGUGUCUCCUUUAAAGCGCGCGAGGCCUUAACGCUCGCGCCGAUUCCAUACGAAGUUGUUGCGAUCCCACGCAACUCCGAGCACAUAAAUAACCCUUAAAGCUACAAUCCAUCAUUUGCAGUUAUCUUAAAAGUAACUGAAGUAAUUGUUAUUGAAAAGCGUACUUGGUUGAAAGAUAGUAAGGGGACUAAACUCCCUGAGAAUUUUCUUUCUGGCAAGCUGUCAUUUUAAAGAAAUCAACAAACGAAGGCCUUUCAAACGGUGCGCGCCAUUGGACAUUUUCGUCAGUAGUUCGUGUUUUUUUUUUCAUUCGGCGAAGCGCGUGCAGUCGUCUGCACGACGCAUAUAUACGCGCCCGCGGUUCGUCGGAUCGGUGCGCUGAAUGGACCGAUCCAGUAAGCUCCGCCCAGUGCGCACGUGUGCAAAUUAACACGUGCUCCUGUCCAAUGCCAUGUUGCAUUUUCCUUCCGCGAGCAUCAUACGCGCAUGUCGGUCGGAAUGGUCGGACCGUAGUGCUCGCAGUCGGACAUAAAUCACGGCUGUGAUUGGUCAAAACACCAUGGGG